GUGUCACGAUGAGAGUUCCGAAUCAGAGGGAUACUUUUAAAGCCUAAAGGGGGUUGUUACCCUUAGAUCUUCGACCAUGCUCAUCAAAGUAAAGACACUCACCGGCAAGGAGAUCGAGUUGGACAUAGACCUCGAGGACAAGAUCACUAGAAUAAAGGAGAAGGUCGAAGAGCAGUCCGGUGUGCCACCACCACAACAGAGACUGAUCUUCGGAGGGAGACAAAUGCCGGAUGAUAAAACCGCUAAGGAGUUCAAUAUCACCGCUGGAUCCGUUCUUCAUCUUGUUCUUGCUCUACGUGGCGGCAUUUGAUAUCGUACCCUUGGGGAGGUGUAUCAGAGAUGUGCUCUAGCAAAGGAGUUUGAU